GCAGCAUGAUGCACUAUGGGAAGAAGGCAAGGCGGCAGAGGAGGGUGACUGGGAUUUCAUUUGUGUGUCACCUACACUAAUGAAUUCCUUAGCGAACAAAUUUCUGGCAGACCAUCAUGUAUCCGUAAAGGUUGAGAACACAGAAGAGUAUGUACAAUGUUUAAUUGGGAAUGAGGAUGAUAAUGAGAAACACAGUCCCACAUCUUAUAAGACAGAACAUGAGACUGCAAUUCCUAAAGAUUCUGGUGCCCCUCUCUGUUGGACAAUAAAAGAUAAUGUAGUUUGGUGUUCUCGGGAUAGAAGAAAUGUAGUCGUGUCAUCAGAGAACUCUAAAGAAACAGAAACAUGUUAUUCUCAUACUCAAAAACAACAUGAUGGAGAAUAUGCAGAAGUGCAGUGUGCAGCAUCCCUUCAAAGAGGUAGCACACAGAACAUCAUAUUAACAGAAAAAACUGAACAGCAAAUAUUUCUUAAUUUCUCACUCAUCCGUAACUGUCCAAGUUCUGAAAAUAUAAACGACACAUCUGACUUAGGCCACAAGUGUGAUAAAUGUGGUAAAGGAUUUAAGUAUCAUUGCAAACUUGCUGCUCACCAAAAAGCUCACAGUUCGGAGAAGCCCUUUUCUUGUUCGGUAUGCAGCAAACAGUUUGCCCGAAAAUCAGAUCAUGUGAGACACGAAUGGAUUCAUAAAAAGGGAGAUCAGCUCAAUGUGGAAGAAAAUUCAAGUGACACUGUUCAAAAUAUCGGAAAGCAAAAGAAAAUUAAGUUUCUCACACUGUAUAACUGUGAUGUAUGUGGGAAACAGUUCUCCUAUCAUUACUCUGUUAAAAGACAUCAGAAAGUUCACUUUGAGAAGCCGAAUGAAAAAGUACCGAAAGACACAACAGUUUAUAAUUGCACAAUGUGCGGAAUGACUUUUACACGCCAUAGUUAUCUUCUUGAGCACGUUAAAAUACAUACUGGAUAUACACUUUACAUAUGCAAAGAAUGCGGCAAACGCUUUGUCAGUAGUUCAUCACUUGCCCGACACCAGAAUACCCACACAGAAAGAAACCCUUACUCCAGUGAUGGUGGAGAGAUCAAGUGUGGUAAAACUUGAGAACACAGAUGAAUGCAAUGAACCAUUCUCUAACAAGAUCGAGGAAGACCUAGACAAUUCCAGCAGUACUGUUCCAGAGACAGCACUAGUGAAUAAGCAGCAAUACAACCAUGUCACCUGUAACACAGACUCUAAAGAAGACUGUUUUGUUGAAGCAAACCAGAAAGCACACACUGCACAAAACAUGCAUAGCUGUGAUUAUUGCGGGUCUGACUUUACAAAGCAUGCCAGUUUAUUAAAGCACCAGAGAAGGCAUGUUACAGGCUGACCGCUGACCAUAUGCAUGUCUAGAGUGUGGGAGGACAUAUGCACUGAAAUUCCCAUUUGAUAAUCACAUGAAGACCCACAAAAAGAAUUACAUAAAUAAUGGGAUGUGGGAAAAGCUUUUCUGAUUAUACGUGUUUUGUAGAACACCAGAAAUGAUUCUGCCACUCUGUGAAGCUAAGCAUUGAUGGCAAAUCCCUUACCACAUUUCAGUGACUAUUAAUAGGUGUAUCGUAGCUUGUGGGAUCAGAUAAGAAAAAAAUAUUUUUCUUGUUAGUAUGUGUUUUUGUGACUAUGUGUAAACCCUAUGCGUGAUAUUAAAAAGGACACUCAAGGCU